AUGAAGAUCUUUGCAGCAGUUCUUAUGUUAAUGACCAAUUCUAACUUGAUUCUCGGUCAAAAUGAAUUUGCUAGAUGUGCUUAUAGACUUUAUAGUAGCUUGUAUUAUUGUGAUUUUACAAUUUACAACCCUCGAGGUGUCAACAAUUUCCAUACGAUAAAUGGCACACAUAUUACAACUUCUUAUACUGAUGCCCAUGUUACCACGGUAAACAACUUGUCUGGGUCAAAAACUACGGUUGUACCAACGAUAAUUUGUGAAAAGUUUUAUAAUUUACAAAGAGUGUCAUUAUGUGAUUUAGGAAUUGAAUAUCUUAAUAUGGAGAAUGAUAUUUCAUUUAAAAAGUGCGCUAAUAUUUUGUUUAUCGAAUUGUGUAGAAACAAUAUAACUGAAAUCCCUGAAAAUUCAUUUGUUGCGAAAAGCAAUUUAAUUGUGGAUCUCCCAGCUGAUCUCUUCCGUGAGUUGACUGAUUUAGAGACGAUCACAUUGUCCAAUAAUAACCUCACGAUUUUGCACUCCGAUCCAUUCGGAUAUUUACCAAAACUAAAAUAUUUUUCACUAAUCAAUUGUCAACUUGAGGCGAUAGACGAGAAUCUUAUCGACAAUACUGGUGCAAUACAGCUUUCAUUGACUGAUAACUUUUGUGUGAAUGAGACAGUUAUUGAUAAUUCAGCUACGAGGUACUCAAUGAGGAUUAUCUUAUCAGAGUGUUUUGAUAAUUAUGCGAAUUUGGUAGGACAAACAACGACCACAAUAAGCUCAAUAACAUCGACAACAGCUAAUCCAAAUUUACCACCAGGAUGCAUUGGUGGAAAUGUAGAUGCAAGGAUCUGUGAGCUGGAAGAUAAUAACAAUAAGUUGACUGAAAAUGUUGAAGAUUUAAUGAAGAAAAAUUUGGAGCUGGAGAAUCAAAAUAAAGUUUUUGCAUCAAUGUUUGAGAAUAUGCAAAGUCAAAUUGAUGAAUUGAAAAAUCGACCAUGUUCAUGUUUAUAA